AUGGGCUACACGGUGCGGAAGGACUGGGUGAAUGGACCUAACUCCGUGUUCCGCUUCGUAUUAGGUAGCUUCUACGAAGGCAACUUUUCGAACUACGACGCUUUUUACUUCAUGGAGCUGGACGCCGUCCCGGUGCAACCCUGGUGGCUGGAGCAGUUCGUGGGAGAGGCGCUCUACUACCCCCGCGCCGCCAUCCGCGGCAGCCGCUACCGAGACACCAUCACUUUUUCACCUUGCGCCACCAGCUCUGCCACAUUGGUCACCGGUUUGGUGGUAAGUACUGCUUCAGCACAAGCAUCCAUCUUUGCAGUGUCCUGA